AUUUUUUUAUUAUUGAAACUUACUCUUUGUUAAACUUAAAGAAUUUUUAGCAUAUUCAUGAUCACAUUUGUUCCCUCAGCUGCAAUUUAUGUGAUAUAAUAAGAGUAUACGAUCACAAUGUCACUGCAAUAUAAUGUAAAAUAUUAGGAUUAGAAUAUUUUUCAUGACUUGUUUAAGUAGUGUUCUAUAACAAAUAGGCUUCUACUUGUGCUUCUGUUACGCAUUCUCUCUUUUCUGCUCUGCCUCUUUGCCUCUGUUAUUUUUUGUGAUCAAAUUUGUUGUUGUUGUUGCUGCAGUUAAUCAGAGAAAUUUUGCUAUUUAAAAAAAAACAGUAGUAUACUUCUUCCUUUAAUGGAGAAGGUUAUGUUAAUUAGUAAUUAACUCAUCUUCAGUUAAUAAGCACAGUCGUGUUUUCUUUUCUUUCUUUAGUGUUCUUUUCUAGAAAAUAGGAACUGAUUAAUUAAUUUAAAGUAUCCCUCUAACUGUAUUCAAAAGAAAAAUUGUCUUAGAAAUACAACAAGUUUCUAAUUCACUAGGUGGAUCCUAUUGAUUAAGUGAGACUAAAGCUACGUUUGCAUGUCUGAUAAUAAAGCUAGAGUUACACGUUGAUUUUGUAGCUUUGUUCGAAAGAAAAUGAGUGUGAUUAAAAGCUAUGGAAGGUAAUAUUCAUUUUUAUUUUUAUGUUCAUUUUAAGAGAAAAAAGAUAAGAAUAGAUAUAUUUUGGUCCUUUAGGAAAAAUAAAAAACAAAAGAAAUUAAAGACAGUGACUAUAAUGUUGUUUAAUUUAGCUCUAGAAACUAACCGACCAUAUCCCCUAAAACCAACAAAAACCAAGGACUAUAUUCAUGUUACAUCCGACCACUCAUCAUUUGAUCAUUUUUUUUCUGAAUUUGUUGUUAACCGGUCUAAUAAUUUAAUUAAGAGUUAUGGCUUAAUUUCAUUGAAAUGUUUAGGAACUCACUAGUAAUUUUUAAUUUUGCCAAAUUUUUUCACCACUAAGUCGUUCACUUGUAUAAUAGAAUAGCUUUCAUUUCAAUAUUAUUUAAUCCUUCAUUUAAUUUAUAGGAAAGAUCUUGAUCUAUUAAUUUCCCUCAUUGUCAAAUCAAUCUCUCUUUCUUUCUCUGUUAACUAGUAAUAUUAUAUUAGCAUUUUCUUUUAAAAAAAAUUAGAUGACUAAUAUAUUCUUUCUUUCUCUGUUAACUAACCCUUUACUUUCUCUGUAUCUAUUUUUCCUUUUAUAUUUUUGUUCAUUAUAUGUGCUCCUUAAUUUUCUGUUUUGUAUAUGGUAAGCAGUGGUUGCGUUAUAUGUUUGGUAUGGACUAUGUGACAUGCAUUCUUUGGAUUUUAUUAUAGCUACACUUGUGUUUUAACUUUUUUUUUUCUAUUGAGGCUUGUGGUUUCUGGUGCUUAUUUUUAAUAUUUUUUUUAGGUAUGUUAAGCUUGUCAUAUAUUCAAUGGACAAGGAUUGGAUGCAAAUUAAGAAUAGAGCCCUUUUACAAUAUAGGAGAGGUGUCAAGGAGUUCUUAGCUUUUGCCUUUAGUCAUACAAAGGAUGAUAAGAUAUAUUGUCCGUGUUUUAAAUGCAAUAAUUACCUUAGAAAAUCUCAUGAAUAAGUAGAAUUUGAUCUUCUAAGUCAUGGCAUAGUGAGAAAUUAUACAAUUUGGUACCACCAUGGAGAAUCGCUACAAGAUGAGUCACCCUAUUCAAGUUCAUUUGAUAGUGAGGAUGAUUAUAUGGAUAAAGAUGACAUGGAAAACAUGUUAAAGGAUCAUUUUGGAGUUUGGGAUAUAGAAAAGGAUAUUGAAGAACCUAAUGAAGAGCAUAUAGAAGAGGAGAUAGGAGAACCUUAUGAAGAGCAUGUAGAAGAACCUAAUGAAGAUGCAGCAAAGUUUUACAAACUUUUGGAUGAUUCCGAGAAAGAACUAUAUCCAGGAUCCAAAGACCUCAAAGAUUAUUAAUAGUGUUGCUGCUAGAAGAAAUAAAGGGAUUCAGAGUCUUGUAUCUAGAAGAAAUUUAGCUCCAUCAAGUCAUUUACAACAAGCUGAUUUUCUUUCUAAUAAUGAUGGAGUGCAUGAAAAAAAAAGCAAGUUCAUCAAGUCACACACAAGUUAGAAGGACAUUUGACUCCCUUUCUAAUGAUGAUGGAGUGCAUGGAAAAAAAGCAAAUUCAUCAAGUCACUCACAACUUAGAAGGCAAAUUGACUCCCUUUCUAAUGAUGAUGGAGUCCAUGGAAAAAAAGAAAGUUCAUCAAGUCACUCACAAGUUAGAAGGACAUUUGACUCUCUUUCUAAUAAUGAUAGAGUGCAUGGAAAAAAAGCAAGUUCAUCAAGUCACUCACAACUUAGAAGGCAAUUUGACUCCCUUUCUAAUGACGAUGAAGUGGAUGAAGAAGAAUUCGAAUCUGAUUUUGUUGCACCGAAAAAAAAAGCGAGAGGACCUACACGCAAUCUUGAGUUAGCAAAGUUAUCAGCUGGAAAAAGACUUGACAUAAACUGGAGAAUGAAUAGGCCAGUUGGUCCAAAUGCAAAGUUGUUCAAAUCAAGAUGUACUGUUCUAGUUCGUGAUGUGAAGAAUGCACCACUAAAGGUUAAAGAAUGGGCUUAUAUCAAAAUAGAGAACAAAAUAAAGAUGUUUGACCUAGUUUUGUUUGAGCAAACAGGACAAGAAAUUGACCAUCUUCAUCUUUGGGAGCUUACGCAUACCCGUGCUAAUGGACAAGCUUGCAAUGAAGAAACUCAAGAAAAACUUGAUUUACUUAAGGAAUUAUCAUCUCAAGUAAAUGAAGGAACAUUAGAGAUGAAUGUAGAAGUAUUUGGACCUGAACGACAUGGACGAGUUUGUAGUUAUGGGGCUGGCGUGACACCUACACAGUUAUGGGGUCCUAGAUCAUUUAUAUUUUUUGAUCUCCAAACAAAACUUCAAUGUGCAGAAAAAAAUAUGAAGACUCUAAAAUAGAGGUGGAAGAUUUAAAGAGAAAGAUAGAUCAUAUGGCAGGAAUACUUAAGCAACUAUUGGAUAGAAGGUUGCCUAUAAUUCAAAGUGAUAACAAUCCUACUUCACUUGAUUAAUGCUCAAGACUUUGAUGAGUUUAUGUGUGAUUCAUAUAGCACUAUACAAAAAAGAACAUUAAUAUGAUAUUAUGAUAUGGAGUAUUGAUUUUGGUACUUGGUAUUAAUUGUUGUUGAUAUACUUGUCAAAUGCUAAAUAAGGAAUAUUAUAAUUGUACUAGUUUUGAAUCAUGAUCAAUGAUCAAAAUUGCAAAGUUCUUGUUUGAUUUUA